CUGUGGUGAAAGAAUGCCCAAGCCUUGGUUUAUAGGGUGCUGCCUUUGAGCCUGAAGCAUGGCAGCCAGCUCCCUUCAGAUCACUCGGCGGGAGGAUGGCAGCUACCUCUACGAGUUCACCUCUCACAGCCAGCACAUCUUGCAGACACUAAACGAAUGCCGUCAGUUCCCCCGGCUCUGUGACUGCACCGUCCUGGUCGAGACCCGAACCUUUAACACCCACAAGGCUGUCUUGAUAGCCUGCAGUGACUACUUCAAGAGUUACUUCACGACCCUGCCGGAUGUCUCUGGCCAGCCGAUCGUCCUGGAGAAUGUCAGCGCGCGGGGCUUCCACCUCCUUCUUGAGUUUGCCUACACGUCGAGGAUGUGUCUUACCAUGGCAGUCAUGGAGGAUGUUCUCUCAGUGGCCGUCAAUCUAAAGGCAGCGUCUGUCCUGGAAGCUUGUUGUGAGUUCCUGAAGUCUCAACUGACCGGAGAUAACUGUGUGGACAUCAUUUCGGUCGCUGAGACUUUUAACCUGACUGAGAUCAAACGUCAGGCUAAUAGGCUCAUGUGUGAACGGCUGAUUGAGUUAUCACAGACAUACAACAAGAAAGGCAGUGGGCCGCUGCUUCCUGAUAGUAAAGAAGAGCUGGAAGGUCUUAUCAAUGCCAAUAAAGAAGCCUUAGCAGCCCUGGAAGCUAAUCAUCAAGAGAGUUGCGACAGUGAGAGUGAAGACAUUGGUGGAGUGGAAUCAGACUGUUCCUUCUCAGACAUGGUGCCAACAAUGAUGGGGGACAGGCUCCGACCCCGCGUACAAACACAACCGCCAAACUUGGACCCUACCAGGGAUCGGACACUCAAGGUGGAAACCAAAGCCGCCCUGAAGAGCCCAGUGUUGAGGGCUCUGAGGCAGCUUCCUCGUAGGAGGGGCAGGCCGAGGAAAACAGAAGCUGUCCAGCGUACAACGAGAUUACGUAAGACACUGCGGAACAAGAGGGGAACCUUUAGCAUUGCCAAAUCAAGGAAGGAAUACAUCUGCCGCUUUUGCACGCUCAAGUUCGGCAAGCUAAGAGACCUUAGACAGCAUUACAUCAAGGAGCACAGCCAGUGCGACAGAUGCACCAAGGUUUUCCGCGCCGACGCCGAGCUAGAACGCCACUUGAUAUCCCACCAGAGACGUGACACAGCCAGAGGGCCAAGACGGUAUGUCUGCACAUAUUGCGGCAAGAACUGCGGAUACUCAUCGGCGCUUAAAAUCCACGUUCGAACUCACACCGGGGAGAAACCCUUCAAGUGUGACCUAUGCAGUGCCCGAUUCAUCCAGUCCAUAAACCUGAAAAGGCAUGUCCUCACCAACCACCAGAAAGACACGCCCUACGAAUGCAAGUUCUGCGACAAAAAGUUCAGCGUCUUCGUCUAUCUGAAGAGUCACGAGAUCACACACAGCAGUGAGCGGCCCUUCCAGUGCGAGACAUGCGGCGCCAUGUUCAAACGCAAGAGCGACCUACGCAGUCACAAUCGCGUGCACAGCUCUGACAAACCCUUUACCUGCGAUAUCUGCCUGGCCAAAUUCAAGACCACAAACGAUCUCAAAACUCACUCGCUGAUUCACAACGAUACCAAGCCCCACACCUGCGAUAAGUGUGGGGCGAGCUUUAAGCGGACGGGCCACCUUAAUAGACAUAUGAUGAUCCACAGUAACAAUAAACCGUACCAGUGCGAGACGUGUGGAGCACAGUUUAAUCGCAAGGAGAACCUGCGAAGUCACCAGCGUAUUCACAGCGGUGAGCAGCCGUAUAAGUGUAGCUUGUGUGGUGCUAGCUUCAGACAUCUCAGUAGUAUGAAGAUACAUGAGAAGAACCACUGGAGCCAGAGAACAGGUGCCCAAGACACUUCUAUGAUGAGUCAACACGACGGUGGGUCCCUCCAGCACAUCGCUGCACUCAUGGGUCUACCAGUACAAGGCCUCUCACUGCCCCCUGGCAACAACAUCCCAGUCAGCCUCCAAGUCAACACCGAUGCCCAGAACCAACUCUCCAUCCAGCCCAACCACGCCCAAUCCCCGGACCCCACCCCACCCCUGCACUCACCAGGUCAACAUACCCCAAUGAAUCUACACGCGCACCAACAGCAGAACCAAGCCUUACAGAUGCCCCCGCCCAACUCCACCCUGAACUCCCCGAUGGCCUCACCCAUGUCGAUGGCGUCGCGGUCUCCCAUGCCCAUGGGUCUGAUCUCGUCUGCUUCCCAAAACAUUCACAUAACAACCUCCUCCAUGUCGCCGGGUGUUAACCAGGUUCACCAAGUUCCCAACUUACAAGCUUACAUGAUGAAUACAGCUACCCUAAUGUAGUCAGGUAGUAGGGAUGUUAUUAUUUUGCUGUCUGGGAUUUAGGUUUUUUAAAAGUGAUUCCAGAUGGGGCCAUCUCGCACUUUCUUCUCAACUCGCCCUGAGGUAUGAAUAUUUUACUUACAUAAAUAUUAAAAAUAAAUCUAACGUCACACUUCAUGUAGGCAUAUGAAUCUGUAUAUUGUAUGCAAUGAAUUUAGCUGGCUGUACAUGUAGCUUUGGACACACAGCCAUCCCAAGUAAAGCAAGAGCAGAAUAUCUAUCUCACUUUACCUUUGCCCCUCACUGACCCCUCCAAUACUACCCUCUACACUCCUACACUAAUCUACACUCCUACUAAUUAUAUGCUAAUGUUACUCAUGAUGAUAGUGGACAGCAUUGGUCGAGGGUCAACCAUGUAGUAUAAAUAAAUGCUGUCCAUAAAUUGCUUGUAGUUGAUGUCGACUAAUUAAGUGCAUGCCCUUAAUCCUCUACAAAAGACCUACAAUGUACGGUACAUGUAUUCUCAAAUGGAACCAUUCAAGCCACAGCGAUGUGCUUCGUUUGAAUGGUGCUUAAUUCAUUACCACUCGUUGGCUUGAAGCUUGGUUCAUACUUCCUGCAAAUGCGAUCGCGAAAUGAAUUUUGAUGUCACAGAACUGUUUUCGCAGCGAAUGUUUCACAGGAGUACGGCACAAGUCGACUGAUGCCAAUUAUUCGUUGUGAAUUUGUGACGUCAAAAUUCAUAUCGCAUCCGCAGUAAGUAUGAAACGGGCUUUCUUAACGCUUCUAGGCACAUCAAUAACCUAUCGUCUUGGGCACCGCCCCCCUAACCACCACAUGCAUGUAAUAAUUUACUGUUCACUACUACACUCAAAACUGUACAAAGUGUCCGCUUUUGUUAGGUGGCCUUUAUAUCAAGGUUAUUACACAGUAUGUGUCUGUUGUUGACAAGACAAUAGCAAUUUUCUUAAGUUAUAUAAUAUGCAUGGCAAUCAUUGAUAUGUAUUUGAACAUGAAGAAAUGUAUGCAACUAUAUAUUAUAUUAUAAACAAAAUAUUGCAUGUAGUCAAACAAAAUUAUAUUUCUUUGUUUAAAAUGAUACAGAAUACCAACAAGUGUUUUGGGGUUUGACCCUUUUCUAAAUGGUUUUACCACGCCAAGUUUCAAUGUUAGCUUUCCAGAGCUCCUUCUAGGUUCACAUUGGCUCUUUUUAGUUUAAUGGCCAGUAUGUGAUGGUUAAAAUACAAUGACAAACAUGCAGUUAGUAAAUGAAAAUGUGGCCACUGGUCAGUUUGAACAAGUUGGCAUGCAAUGACAAUGUCUGUGAGAAAAUUGGCCAACACCCACAGGAAUUGGCCAGGUAGGGCAAGUGGCCCAUUUUUCCAACUGGCCGGGGUAAUCUAUUUCAUUAUGUACAUGUUUUAGGCCGACACAUUAUACAAAGAAGCCAUGCAUAUUAUGUACAACUACAAUUGGGUACUAAAAUUACAAAACUGCACUCUUCCAUAUGAUUAUAAUAUUGAACUAUUUCAUUAGCUAGUCUCGCCCUAGGUCCAUGUCUCUUCGUUCAAAAAAAUACUAAAAAUAAUAAUUUGCUAUAAUAAUAAAAACAUAAGCCCUACGGGUGGUUAGACAAAGCAUGCACAUAUUUAAAAUAUUAAUAUUGGAGCAUAGACCAUAGCAUGUAUGUUAUUCAACAAGCAUAGAGUGUACAAUUAUUUAAGAAAUCAAAGUGAUUGCAUGGUUAUGUAAAAACAAAAUUAUUAAAAAAUAUGGCCUACUUAAAGUUUUAAGGUAUCUUUUACUAUAUAAAUAAUAUCAUGAACAAGUUUUAGACUGAAAUUUGUUCAGCAACCCAUGACUGUAACCUUCUCCAUAGUACAUGUGUAGGUGUUCCUCAAAUGUUUCAAUUCAAGGGAAAGGGGCAUUUUGUUGUUGUAUAUUUUAAAAAGCAACUUCUUUAUUUUGGUGAAUUCCCAGUGAUAUCUUAAAGGUUUUUAAGCAGAAAUAUUCUGAUGCCGACUUGCACUUUUUUAAAAAGGUCAGGAACUGUCAACCACACAGGCAUGAUAUUCUUGCUACUUUAAUCUGAUUUUGGACUUUGUUAAAGGGUAGGUUGUAAUCUUCAAAUUAAUGGCAAUAAAAACCUUUUGUUUAGAAGCCUAAAGCAGCUUGUAAUAGUAUAAAGCAUGUUCAGAAACAUUUCACUUUAAACUAAUGUGAUUUUAUAAAAAGGUAUCAGUUUUUUUGCCCCAAAAUUUGAAUCUGAGAUGAGGCUUCUCAGAUUGUGGGUUCUAAUAAUUAUGGAUUAUUAUUUCUGCUUUGACAAAUAUCCGCUCCAGAAAUUCGGCGAUCUCAAAAACCAAGCUCCUUUUUACAGGGUACCAUAAGCAAAUACCAUAAGCAUGGAGUGGUGAUCAGCAGCAGUGCCAUCAAAUUAAAGUCCAGUGCGCACUUUCAUUUCAUAAAACCUGUAAGCAGGCCAUUAGCAGAAUUUGGUUAUCAAUAACACUGCUAAGCGUAAGCAAAGUAAUUGCUAGCUUGCUGGUUCUUGUAAGCAGCAAGUGUCACAACAAGUAAAUCCAUUGUGAACUCGCAGGCACAGGCUGUCAAACCGUCUCGAUCAUUUAUGAAAUACACUAUUGCUUUUACAAAUCUGCUUAAAGUAAGCAGAAAAAUGUGAUUAUUGGUAAAUAAACUGCUUAAUGAAUAUGAAUUACCUGUUACAUGACCCUCAUAAAGUUCACAAGUGAUUUAUUUUGUAUCAUCUUUUAACAUCUAUUGAACUGAGAGUGUUACUUUAAAAGGCCACACCAUUUCUCUUUGCCAAAUAAUCAUGACCUGGCAAAUAAAGAAUGAUUCCUGCGCUGUAACUUCAAUUCAAAACGGACAAAAAAGAAAACUGAAAGCCAACGGACAGUAACAGUUGGUUUUAUAAAACUAAUGACAUGGUUAAAACACAUAAAUUACAUGUAUUAUGCAACAACAAUCUACUUAAAUGCUUUCAUUUGCACACACAUUUCGCAAAAUGUGUUACUAACAACAGCUACAUAUAGGGCAAUUUUCUUGUCCCUGUUCAACCCUUUUGAGACCACAGCAGCCGCAAACUGCUUGUACACAUACCAAAAUGCUGCAAGAUUUCACUACUUUUGCUCCUAAACAAAAGUGUCAAAGAAAAGGUAGCAGACAGAAUUGAAUUUUUGUUCUGAUUCCAAUGUAAACAUAGAAUCUCCAACUCUAAAACAAAACCAUAUUCUUCUGUUUCUUAAAUAUUUUCCCGACUGUUUCUGAAAAAAAACAGUGCAAAAAAAAACAACAAGAAGCAAUUUCGGACCAUUAAUUUGGUGAUGGCUAUACAGAAAUUAAUGGUCUCUAAAGGAUAAGUACAUUAGCAUACAGUACAUUUAAGCAAAUGACAGUUUAAUAUAUAACUUAUAGUUUGUAAACUAGGAAGAAUUCGUAGGCACUGCAGUAAAAGCACCAUUUGUUGAUGGACUACUGUGCAAACAAAUUAUACAGUGUACUACGUUACAAAUAUACUCUUUGGCAUGUGGCUAUUAAUCAGCCAUAGGCCUUUUCGCAAAAAGCAACUGUGCUAACUGUUGAGUGAGGUGCAUGCUGGUCUAGCUAGGGAUCAAACCUGAUCGCUUGCUAGACCAGCAUGCACCUCAUUCCACGUCUAAUACAAGCAUACUGAGGAUUUGCGAUAAGGUCUAUGCGCUACGCAUGUUGCUGAUGUCAACUUACAGGUGCCCAUUUUGUCAAAGAAUUUCAUGAUUAUGAUAAAAUAAAAUAAAAUUUUCUAUUGUUAAUGCAAAUUCCAGUCCUGAAUGUUGUUCAUGUAUACAAUUAUGUUUAGUAAGAACACUUUUCUGGAAUACACUGUAUGUUAUCUAAAGAUAACUGGGCAUCAGUUACUAUAAGUUGCAGCUUAGUUACUUUACGUCAUGCGUAACAGUGCCUUGUUUACAGCCUGUUUUCUGUCUGUGGCUCAUUUGACCUUUGGCUCGUCCGCCUCUUAGCCUGGCAGUCCUCUGUCUUGAGCCCAGUUCAUACUUCCUGCCAAGUGAAAUUUGACGCCACAAAUUCGCCAAGAAAAAAAAAAAAAA